UUCAAAGCCGUAGAUUUUGAGAAACCUAAAGCCUGGGUUAGCAGCUAGCACGAAGAAGGAGAAUAUUUAAUCAGUACUGUCAGAAGCAAAUAGUACUGCUACUAGUACUAGUACUACUACUACUACAUAUAGUUCCAUACCAGUUAGUUAAUUGUGAAGGAAACUAUUUCACCUUAUCAUGGAAGAAAACCUAGCCUUCUACACGUCGGAAGAAAUUGUAGCUGCGUAAUUUGGAAACUUUUUCAUUUUUUUGCUUACCUUUCCCUUUUUUCCACUUCUCUGUACCAUUUCUUCUCUUUAAUUCCCACUUUAAAAAGAGAUCAGAUCGAAGUUAGAUAUUAGAGCUGGCAGGUGGAUUUGGCUAUGUCUGGCUUGGAAUCAGGUUCAGGUUCUCGCUAUGUCCAUCAACUACUCGGACCAGAACUGCAGCUCCAGAGAUCAUCCCAACCCCAUCUCAACGUAUCUCAACUCACGGAUUCCAAACAGUCACCAGAGACAGAAGAAGGAACUGACGCCGAUGCAGCCACCACCAGCUCAGGCGGAACCACUCCAGGGCGCAGGCCUCGAGGACGUCCAGCAGGCUCAAAGAACAAGCCCAAGCCACCAAUAAUCAUUACUCGCGAUAGUCCAAAUGCGCUGAGAUCCCAUGUACUUGAAAUUACUUCUGGUUCGGACAUAGUUGAUUCAGUAUCAAACUAUGCAAGGCGCCGUGGGCGUGGUGUUUGUGUACUCAGUGGGACUGGGGCCGUUACAAAUGUUACAUUGCGGCAACCAGCUGCUCCAGCUGGAAGCGUAGUAACACUACAUGGGCGGUUUGAAAUUCUAUCUUUAACUGGGACUUCUCUUCCGCCACCAGCGCCUCCUGGAGCUGGGGGCUUGACUAUUUAUCUAGCCGGUGGUCAGGGUCAAGUAGUCGGAGGGAGCGUGGCGGGUCCAUUGAUGGCUUCAGGUCCAGUUGUACUAAUGGCUGCAUCAUUUGCUAAUGCUGUCUAUGAUAGGUUACCUGUUGAGGAGGAAGAACCACCAGUGCAGGUGCAACCAGCAGCUUCACAGUCGUCUGGAGUGACUGGGAGUGGUGGAGGGCAGUUGGGUGAUGGAGGCAGUGGCGGAAACAAUGGUGGCGCUAGUGGAACUGGUGGUGGAGGUGUUCCUUUCUAUAAUUUGGGAGCCAACAUGGGAAGUUAUCCUUUUCCAGGUGAUGUAUUCGGUUGGAGUGGUAGUGCAACUAGGCCUUCCUUCUAGUCAAUCAUUAUGUAGUACAUCUUAUAAUUUCUAGAAUCAAGAAUAUUCUGCAAUGUUUAUAAGUUUUGGAUUAGUUUUUCAUCAUUGGGUUAUUGAUGUGAUGAAGACAAGUCAUGCGGGCUAUCUCAAUUUGGGCCCUCUUUUCAAGUUGAGGAAGAAGAAGAAGAAGAAAAAGAAACUAUGCGUGGUAUCCAUGGUAUUGCUAUUCAAGAAUGACUUCUGUAAUUAGUUUCAUUAUGAACGGGAAUUGUAUUCCAUCAGGAAAGAUCAUCAAGAAGCGAAAUCGAUGGGAAAAAUUGCUGCAAAACGAUGAAUCUCGCUUGAAGCUUGAAGAAGAAUGAUUGUUCAGUAAGUCUAGAUUCGCGUAAAAAACAUUCUGACAGCAUUUCCUUUUGUCUUUCUUUUCGCUUUUCUAACUUGGUUUAUAUAUGAACAGUAGAAAUUUUA